UGUCAACCGAGCAGAAGCUAAGAUGGCGGACUUAGCGACCGAGGGACUGGCGCGGAGGGAAAGGGCUACGACGAGUUUCCAAAGGAAAGUGCCGGAUGGCGGCGGGGGCCGCUUGGCCGUGCUGCCAGGAACCCGGCCGUCGGUACGACACGGUCAGCUCCUGCUUUCCACCGGCGUCCCUUCUCUGGACUCUGUUUUAGGUGGAGGUUUGGCAAUUGGAACCCUCCUUCUUAUUGAGGAAGAUGUAUAUGGUGUUUACUCCAAUCUUUUGUUCAAGAAUUUCCUUGCAGAAGGAGUAGUUUGCGGGCAUAAUUUAUUUAUUGCUUCAGAUAAAGAGGAACCUGGUAUUAUUCUAAAGGAACUUCCAUGUCCUUUGCCGAAUCUCUCUGACAAGGAAAUGGAAGAAGUAAUCACUAUGAAGUCAACGCAAGAUUCUCAGGAGUCCAUGAGAAUAGCCUGGCGUUACCAGAACAAACCGAAGCAGGAGGUAACCCAUAUACCCUUUUCAAAAUUUGGACACUACUUUGAUUUAUCUAAAACAAUGGCUCCAGAACUAAUCCAAAAUAUUAAUUGGAAUGGUUUUUUCAUUCCUGAAGAAGCAAGCUUGGAUAUUGAUGAAAAGUCAUGUAAAAAGGCAUGCACUUAUACCAGACUGCUUCAUUCUAUUCAGAAAGUCAUUUGUCAACAAGGAUACAAUGGGUCCACUUUUCAGAAAAAACAAAGGAAUGUGUUGAGAAUAGGAAUUCAGGGCCUUGGUUCAGUAUUAUGGGGUGAUGAUAUCUGUUGUACUGAAAAUCCAGAAAAUCUGUACAGCCUCACCAGAUUUAUGUAUGCUCUACGUGGCCUCCUGAGAACAUCAUUAUCUGUCUGCAUCAUCACUGUUCCAACUCAUCUGAUCCAGAAUAAAGCAAUUAUGGAACGUGUUACCCACUUGUCUGAUACAGUAAUUGGGCUUGAAUCAUUUAUCGGGUCUGAGAGAGAAACCAAUCCAUUAUACAAGGAUUAUCAUGGUUUGGUUCACAUACACCAAAUUCCUCGGCUUAAUAGCUUGAUCUGUGAUGUAUCAAACACAAAGGACCUGGCUUUUAAAUUGAAAAGGAAGCUGUUUGCUAUUGAGCGAUUGCAUUUGCCUCCAGACUUGUCAGACACAGUGAGCCGCACAAGCAAACAGGACCUGGCAGUCUCCGCCAAAUUGCUGAGCACAGAAUGUAGUGCGAUGGCCAUGGGCAAGAAGCACCUGGACUUCUAGUGAUUUCAAUUUAGCAGUUUCACUCCAAUUUAUAUGACACUCUAAUUAUGACUGUUAAUGACUUUCGUAAAUAUUUUUCUUCAUCAUUGUGACCCAGCAGUCCUUAAAAAAAAAAACUAACUUGCAAGCUUUGUAUCUAUCUUUCCAUUCUGUUAUUUUUAUGUUCACAGGUGUGGUGUUUUGACAGUAAACAAAUGCAUUCUGUAUUGCGAGAACAUUUUAAAAAUAAAUUGCCCUUUGGAAAAAUGGUCAAAAACUGGACUUCUGGUAUAGGUAAAAUUCAAGAUAGUGACUAAGCAAAAGAAUUUUAAAUGCUUACUGGAACUACUGUUUUUGUCAAUCAGUAGUACAUUAAAUAAAAUAAAGAAUUAUUUCAGGUAAGUUGUUUUGAUAUCAAAAGGGUUAUCUCAAAAAUACUAUUCAAUAAAAUAGAACAAAUUCUUUUAUAUAACUAUGUGCAGACCGUUCUAUGCCUUAGUGAAACUGUUUUAUGGUAAACAUUCACAUUGAAUAAUUAGAUUGUCUUAUAGGCUAAUAAAUAUAUUAAAAUGCUCAAAUGAAAUUUACAAAACACAAAGACUUUUUUAAUGAAAUUCAAAAUUGUAAUAAUAAACAUAAAGAGAUGCCAACCUGAUGAAAUUAUGUCAACAGAGUAAAAUUCAGUCUGACAGCUACAUUAAUAUUAAAAUCAAAGAAAGUGGAGAAUAGAUAUCAGAGAACGUAUAGGGUGCAAUAUAAAAUAAAACCGAAUUUUCAUUCU